UAUUUAUCUGAGUGGAAUAAAAAAUAUAUCUAUGCUUGCCUCAUCCAGACCGGUGGUCGGGACCUCUGUGUGGUUAAGGUCACGGACUUAAAAUCACCUGCCCCUCAUCGAUGUAAAUUCAAGCUUCACUCAUGUGGAAGCCAUCCAGUUGGCUUACGGAAGGUCGGUGGUUCUACCCAGGUCAAAUAAUAAUGCACGGAGGGGCACCUGGGAUCUUCCUCCACCACUAAAGCUGGAAAGUUGCCAUAUGAUCUAAAUUGUGUCGGUGCAACAAAACAAAAAUGAUUUAGACCAGAGUAAUUUUUAUCGGGUUGGUUAAUACUGUAGUACUAAACACUUAAAAAUGUGCAGAUUCCUAUAAAUAGUAAAUCGAAAAUUAUUCGUACCUUUCGAAAAGGUAAUUCAAAAAUAUUUCAAUAUUAACCUUAUGUUACUUAAAUAACCGUGUCAGGCUAAAUAUCUUGAUAAUUCUAUUGUGUGAGUGAAGAUUUACUCUACAGAACAGUGAUUUUUAUUUUGUCGUUUUCUUUUUUUAGACAAUGGAGAGUGUUGCAGACAUAGACUUAGUGACAAGCACUGAAGAAAAUAACGACAUUUCCGAGAUGGAGCUGACAACUGACAACCGGUCACCAGACAUGAGCUUUGAGAAUGACGCUGAUGGAAUACCAGUUGAAGGCAACGAAUCAAUACUUGAUAUAUCACUAAGGCUCCAUGACUAUGGACAGUUCAGACCAGUGCCUUCCAUAAUUCGCCAUCAGUGCCAACAGGCACAGCCACAUACUGUUUCUGUCUCCACGCAGACAGAUGAAACUAGAAUUCCAAAGACGACAUCAACACAGACUCCAUUAGUGGAAACUGCUUCUAAUGGAUGUCAGGCGACAAGACCAGCAUUCACCUUUGAAGAUGUUACAGACGACAACAGUAAAGUCCUGUUCUUCACUGGAAUACCAAACGCGGGAACUUUUAAGUGUUUGUUUGAUGAACUUGAAAGUGGUAUGAAAGUAAACAACUUAGGCCGACCAAAGUCUUUGAGACUUAUUGAUGAAUUUUUCUUGGUUUUAAUGAGACUCAGACUUGGACUUCUGCUUGAGGAUUUGGCUUUUAGGUUUCAUAUAUCUGUAGGAACUUGCAGUACGAUUUUUAAUCGUUGGGUGAAUUACCUUGACACAAGCUUGAGUUUUCUCGUGAAGUGGCCAACACGCAAGAACAUAAAUGACACUAUGCCUCAAAAAUUCAGUCGUAAAUAUCCAAAGUGCCGAGUAAUAAUAGACUGCACGGAGAUUCGAACAGAAACCCCAUGUUCCUUGCAGCUUAAGUCGCUUCUAUACAGUGAUUAUAAAUCACACAUGACCUGGAAGUCAUUAAUUGGAAUAAGUCCAUCGGGUAUUGUGACUUUUGUGUCGGAUUUAUAUCCCGGUAGCAUUAGUGAUAAACAAAUAACUAAAAAGUGCGGCAUUGUUGACUUGUGUGAAGAAGGUGAUGCGAUAAUGGUAGACAAGGGUUUUCUUAUUUCAGAUUUAACCACACCUAGAGGUGUAGAACUUAUAAUUCCCCCCUUUAAAAAAAAGAAAAAGCAGUUUUUACCACAUGAAGUGGAAGCAACAAAAACAAUUGCAAACCUUCGUAUCCAUGUUGAAAGAGAAAUGGAAAGGAUAAAAAACUUUCGAAUUGUUCAAGGCACAAUGCCAAUAACUAUGUCGUCGCAGGCAACUAAAAUCUGGAAAAUUUGCGUAAGUCUGACAAAUUUUUUGCCACCCUUAGUGCCAAAUAGGUGAAAGCAAAGAAAUAUGCACAUUUCAGGACUGCAAAUAUGACAUGUUUAUGUAGUAAUACUAGACAAAUUAUUUACUUUUAUGAA